AUGUAUUCGUUCCGUUAUUUCCACGCAAAACAACCCUUUAAUUACACGAGAAAACAGGCGGCCGCGGAGUUGGCGAACAUCGCGACCAAAGUGUCGCUCGCCUUCGAAGCGGACGGCGCCGAAGUCGCGCGCCUUUACUUCGCGGGUCUUUCGGACGAACGGAACUCCUUUCACGAGUUGCGCCGAACGAUGGGAAUAGCGGUCGGCGACUACUAUAUCACGUGUCCGACUCUGGAGUUCGCGAAAGAGGUGUUCAGAAGCGGCGGAAUGAAAGCCAAAGUCUUUGAGUACGUCUUCAACAGCAAACUUCGCGACAACUUUCUGUGCGCGCAAUGGAUGGGCGUUUGUCACGGAAACGAUUUGAUUCCGAUGUUUGGACUUCCGCUGACUUCCGGUUCCGGGAAUUACUCGAAUCGCGAAAAAGAGAUUUCGCGACAAAUGAUCGACUUUUUGACGCAUUUCGCGAAAACAGGAGCACUUCCGCCGCAAUCGGGCGCUCAUUGGCCGCACUUUUACGCCAUCGAUGACCACAUAAUAGCGCCCUUCUAUGAGGUGACGUCACAACCGAAGCCAGUGUCCAAUUUCGGCGUCGGAUUCAAAAUCAACGAAUGCGAACGUAAAUUUCGCUCAUUUUCUACACAAAAGUCACUCCCAAUGCGCGCUCUCCUCCUCUGCGGCGCUCUUCUGGCCGUCGGCUGUCUUUCGGCCGAAGAAGAAGUCGUCGUUCGUAUCAAAAGCGGAGAAAUCCGCGGAAAACAAGCCGAAGCCGACGGACAGCCUCUCACCGUCUUUCUCGGCAUUCCUUACGCCGAACCGCCGAUCGGAGAGUUGCGGUUCCGGCGCCCGCGGCCCGUCGGCCCCUGGACGCAGCCCCGGGAGGCCAAGGCGUUCAGCAGCGCGUGUCACCAGAAUGGCCGCAUGUUUGAAAUCGAGGACUACUUGGAGAACAAGAGUUUCUCCGAAGACUGUCUUUAUCUCAACGUUUGGUCGCCAAAAGGAAGCGAAGACUCGCCGAAAGCGGUAAUGGUUUGGAUCCACGGCGGCGGCCUUUUGGUGGGCAGUGCGAGCGAACACUACUAUAGGGGCGACAUUUUGGCGACGAAAGGCGACGUCGUUGUCGUCUCCAUGAACUACAGACUAAACGCUUUGGGAUUUCUGUAUUCGGGCGAAGAGUCGGCGCCGGGAAACGUCGGGCUCUGGGAUCAGGCGCUGGCCUUGGAGUGGAUCAACGACAACAUCCGCUACUUC